UCACACGCAAACACACCAUGUCCAUAGAGAGGGGGACUACAAAACAUCUUUGGCUUGUUCACUAGAUUUUAAGACUAAAUUUGAUGGACUAAAUAUUUGAUUCUGGUGGGAUGUUUUCACCUUGUGGAUUUCUAUACAUUUUUGUUUUUGUUUUGUUUGUUUGAGUUUUUGCAACAAAAUGAUUAAUCUUUUGCAUUGGGAUGUUACAGGCUUUAACACUGAUUCUGUCACAGGAUCUAUUGCUAGAACGUUCCGAAGUUACCUUUUCACCUUUCACGUUCCGACAAAAUUGUUGAUGUUCUCACAAGACUGGGUAUUAAGACCAGGACGCUCAACGUUUUCAUGAAAGACUGAACUUUAAUACUUUAAGAUGACUGAUCUCACUGAAGUAUCGGUAUACUCCGAAUCCUCUGACAUUUACAAAAAUGUUUUCUGUAACCCAGCAUUCGAGCUUGAGGGAGAGCGUGACAAAGUGGAAGGAUUCAGUUGUGUGUCCAGCUCUGCCACAACCCCAGAUUCAGUCAAGAGCCCAUUACCCACUGGCCGAGGCAUGUUCGGUGUGUGUGUAAUGAAUCUGCGGGGGCUGUGGCGUGGCUGGGGGGCCGUGGUGGUCUCUGGUGCUGCCGUGCUCCUGGUGGUGGCCCUUGGCCUGGCCCUGACACUCAUCCUCACACAGCUAAAGGGCCCGAGAGUGGAUGGUGAAAUGGUGUCCACCAAUCCAUUGGACUUAUUCACCGGCGACAGACUGCCCGGCGGUCUUCCCGCCACGCCCACCCACCACACUCACAAAGACGGUCCAGUGACCCCAAUGCCGGACAGACAACCUACCCCAGAACCAAGAUGUGGAGGGGUACUGACAGACUCAGAGGGCACCUUCAGCUCCCCCAACCAUCCCGGGUCGUAUCCCCCGGACUCUCUGUGUGUCUGGGUGAUCCGGGUGCGCCCCCCAUCCCUGGUGCAGAUCCACGUGUCCUCUCUGACCAUCGAAGGGCCGUCCCCCUGCCUCUUUGACUGGCUGGAGGUGGCAGAGGAGAGCGAGCAGCCUUCUGUGGUCACCAGGUUCUGUGGGAAUGUGGCGCCCCCUACGGUGAACACCAACAGCAGUACCGUGUGGGUGACCUUCCGCUCCGAUGGGAGCAUCGCAGGCAAUGGCUUCACCGCCCAGUACCGUGCCAUAACGUCCGAACUGAAGAGCUGCUCGAGGGAGGAGUUUAUGUGCGACCAGGGACGAUGCAUCCUGCCUGUAUCUUUGUGUGACGGACAGCCCAACUGCCUUGACCGCUCUGAUGAGGCAAACUGCAGCCACAAACACAAAGAGUGUGGAGGCCAAAAAACUGGACCCUACGGCUACCUGACUAGUCCAAACCACCCAAAGCCUUAUCCUCAUCAUCAGUUAUGCACAUGGCGGAUCUCUGUCGAGGACGGUCAUGUGAUCAGACUGAGUUUCCGUCACUUCAGUCUGGAGGCUCAGGACGUGUGUGAGUUUGACUAUCUGGAAGUCCAUGACAGUGGAGAUACUGGGGCAGGCAGAGUACUUGGACGGUACUGUGGCACCACCCUGCCACCUGAGCUCACUUCAUCUGGGCCUCAGAUGACCGUGGUGUUUGUUGCUGACGAGGGUGUGGCUGACAGUGGCUUCAACGCCUCCUACCAAGCAAUCUCCAUCACCGAGAGAACAUGCAGUCCGGCUCAGUUCUCCUGCAGUAGCGGGGAGUGUCUUAACCCGGAGUGGCUGUGUGACGGCUGGACUGACUGUGCAGACGGGCAGGAUGAGCGCGACUGUGACAACACCACCUAUCCCCCUUUCACCUCGCCUUGUGAGCCCAUUGAGGUGGAGCUGUGUCAGGGCCUGAGCUACAACCUCACCUCCUUCCCAAAUAUCUGGCUGUCCAUUGCUGACCAAAGACAGGCCGCCACCUUGCUGCACCAGUACAAGGUGCUGAUGGAGCUGGCGUGUUUCCAGCCUCUGCGUAGACUGGUUUGCGGGAUGUUCCUGCCCCUCUGCAGCCCCGAGGGUGGUGUGCUGCAGCCGUGUCGCUCUGUGUGCUCCCAGGCAGAGCAGCAGUGCGGUCAGGCCCUGGACCUCUUCACAUUCAGCUGGCCCUUCAACUGCCACCUGCUGCCAGACUCCCUGGACCCUGUGGAGUGUUCCAGCCCCUGAGGACUUGGUGGAUUCGGCACACGAGGGCAGCUGACAUGUCUAAAGUGUCAGUGUUUCAGUUCCCAGCGCGAGGCGUCUGUCGGCCGUGGCCUUGAGCAAACCACAACAAGAAUAGCUAGUACAUGUCGCUCUGGAUUGGAACGUCUGCUAAAUGGCUCAAACGUGAACGGAAAAGCCCUAAUCCCCUGAAUUCACUAUGGUGCACAUCCAUAGAAAUUAAUUUGCCACAGGAAUCAAAAAGACUAUCAAAGCUCCUGUGUCUUCAAGGAACCUUUGGGACGGUCAGUAAACGCCAUCCAAGGACCUUUAUUAGAUAAUAUGAUGGUGCUAGCCUUCAUGUACAGCCAUUUAAUAAUUAUGUAUUGACCCACUGGGAGUUGAAGGGGGAAUUUAAACACAGAUUUUUACAUGCCUGAAGAUUUAAGAUAUACCACUGUGAUCAAACAAGUAAAUAUGUGUGUAAAGAUCUGACAACCCACCUGAGAAACUACCUGUAUAAUGUACUUUAUAUUGUCGCUUCUUGUCUUGCACUAUAUUUAUAUUCCUCUGAGUGUUAAAUAGAAUGAGGAAAUAAAAUGUAUAAAUGAAAUGAUUU